AUGACGUCUCACGGAGUGUUGCUGCUGGCGGCGGUCUGCGGCAGUCUUGUGGCGGCUCAGCUGGACACGUCAGCCAGCUACCCGGCCGGCUACGGCCUGGGCUACAACCUGGGCGGCAUGGGCUACCUGGGGGGCGGCGGCGGCGCGCUGCAGUCCGUGUUCUCGGGCGGCCAGGCGGGGGGCGGCCAGGCGGGGGGCGGCGCGCUGCACAAGUCGUCGCUGUGGCAGGGCGGCGGCGGAAGCCGGGCCGGGGGCGGCGCGGUGGUGUCCCAGGGCGCCGCGGGCGGCGGGGGCGGCAGCAGCUUCGCGCAGAACGGCUACUUCGGCGCCGGGGGCGGCGCCAGCAACAGCUACCAGAAGGGCGGGGCGCUGAUGGGCGGCGGCGGCUACUCGCAGUCAGGCGGCAGCAAGGGCGAGGCGAAGCAGGCCGACCAGCACAAGAAGGGCCACAGCGCGCGCGGCUUCCAGAACUUCCACCACAAGGACGAGACGGGCAAGCAGUCGACGUUCGUGGACGAGUCCAACGACGAGGGGGAGACGGUGGAGGUGCGCGGCCAGGGCGCGCAGUUCGGCGGCGCUAGCGGCGCGCGCUUCUCGGGCGGCGCGGUCAACGGCCAGGCUCAGGCGGCGCAGGGCGGCAGCCGGGGCGGCUACGACGGCGGCUACGCCGCGGGCGCGCAGCAGGGCGGACAGACGGGCUACGGCAGCCAGGCGCUCGCCCAGGGCGGCCAGCGCUUCGCCAGCGGCGCCAACAACCUCGCCGGCUACGGCGGCUACGGCGCCAACAACGCCGCCAACUACGGUGGCUACGGCGCCAACAACCUCGCCAACUACGGCGGCUACGGCGCCAACAACGCCGCCAACUACGGCGGAUUCUUCGUCUAGGACGCAACCUCCGACUGCAAAUCAAUGACUGUUUAUCCAUCUGAACAUGCAAAGUUCUCAUUAUUAUUUAGUGACAAGGUUGAAUGUAAUUUGAGGGGAAAAAAAAACUAUUAGUUAGUGGAUGAUUUUGUGAUGGAAGUACAUAA